AUGUGGGAACCGUGUUUCCUGCUUGCUUCUUGCAUCUGCAAUACGUAUUCUUCUCUGCAUCCCCUAAAGGCCAGGCUGGUGGAUAAUGCUCAAUGCUUCGUAAUCAACCACAUGAAACUCAUCUCAGCAAUGGUGAUGGGUGUACUGCAAGCAGAAGCACAUGAUAAUGUAUACCACAAGGGCAGCUGUUCACACCACAUUUGUUCGAGGCAUCUUUCUCUACAAGAUUUUCAAAUGAGAAUAAAGAAGAGACAAACCUGGAAGUCGUCUGUACGAAGAAUCUACCAUGUUGGCGGGGGGAGUGAAUUUGGUCCCUGGAACCAUAGUAUGUUGAACAUCCAUACUUUGGUGCCACGGUCCAAGUUUAAUCUCAACCGAAUUCAUCUUGGAUUCUCCGAACUGGAAUCUCUGCCUGCUUUAUACGUUAACAUAGGUGAUACUAAAAUACUUAUUUCCACUGUUUACUUUGUGAUCACAGUUGUGAAUGUUUAG